AUGAGGUCCAUAGCUUCGUGUACUUUCGAAACAUGCCCAGUCGCCGCAUCCCCGUACGGUUACCCGCCAAGUGCAGCAGCAGGAGUCAUCUUCUUCAUCAUCCACCUUGGGUCCUUCGUCGCAUGUCUGGUCUACUCGUUCUAUCUAGCCGAGAUGAAUAGAUGGCUGGAAUUCAGUAUUCCAAUCUCGAUAGGUUGUCUCCUUGAGAGCAUCGGCUACGCCAUACGAAUCGGGAGCGCUUCGGAUCCAUGGGAUGUCUCUUUAUACGCGGCCUCGACAGCAUUCAUCAUAAUACCACCAGCUUUUAUAUCGGCAGCCAUCUACUUGACCAUACCCGAAGCAAUCAAAAUCCUAGGAGCGGAACACUCGCCAAUCUCUGUCUGGCGCUAUAUAGUCCUAACUUGGAUCGACGCAGCUGGAUUCGUCUUUCAAUUCAUUGGACUUGUCGUCUCCUUCUCAGAUAUUUCUUCCGACACGGGCCUCGGCCAUAAUUCCCGUGUCGGUAGUCCCAUUAUCGCCACUGGCAUGGCGAUACAAGCCAUUUCCUUACUCAUUCAUAUAGGGCUAUUCGGUGUAGUUUUAUUCCGAGCUGCCGUAGCAAACAGCCAAUUCGGAUAUACGACGUUCCAUCCGGUUCAUGGUUACGUCCCGAUGGCCUACAGAUUCAAGUUUUUCCUUGCUAUGCUAUUGCUUUCCGCCAUGUGCUUAUUUGCGAGAGCACUUUACCAGACGGUAGUGCUAGCCAACGGGUUAGGGAGCUGGACCGCGAAGAACCAGGCGCUCUUUGCGGGCCUAGACAGUUUUCUUGUUGCGGAAGCUGUUGUUGGGUUGUGUGUUGCGCACCCUGUAACGUUUUUACGGGAUGGAAUAGAAAAAAGAUUAGGUAGCAGAGCUACCAACGAUAUGGCGGACGAGCAGAGGAUAAGUCAGUUCAUGGGAAACCAAUUUAUGGAGAGCCAGUAUAGACAAAGAAGCCUCACGGAAAGUCGAUCGGUAGAGAGUCCUCCAAUAGAGAGCACCCGGGUAGAGAGCCCUCCGGUGGAGAUUCCACCCAUGGAGAAUCAGCAUUUGGAUAUUCAGAAUAGGCAGAGUCAGUACAGGGCCAGCCAACAUUGGAACAGCCAAUAUAGGGCUAGCCAGUAUAAGACCGAUUUCAUAACGUACGGACCUGAUCGCGGACUGAACUGA